AUGGAGGGUAUGGAUUCGGUACCGCGCCUUAUCCGUCCCGGGGAUUGGAUGGUUAAACUCGACCUAAAAGACGCCUACCUGUCGUUUACUUGCCUCGCUUUCGGUCUUUCUCCUGCUCCUCGACUUUUCACUAAAUUGCUAAAGCCAGUUAUCGGAGCCCUUCGUAGAAAGGGAAUUCGUUUGGUUAUUUACCUUGACGAUAUUAUCUUUAUGAACGAAAGCCGUGAAGGUGUUAUUGCAGAUGUGUCGACUGCUAUCGACUUGCUUACUAGCUUAGGUUUCCUUAUCAUUUGGGAAAAGUCUGUGCUUUUACCUUCUCAGUCUUUAGAGUUUUUGGGUUUGUUGAUUGAUUCCAUCGCCCUCUCUCUCACGUUGCCUCCUGACAAGGUCCUCUCUAUGUUGGAAAUGUGCCGUCGGUCCCUAUUGAAAGGUGUCGUCUCUCUUCACGAUUUAUCUUCGUUGAUUGGUAGUUUUUCAUGGGCCAUUCCAACUAUACCCUUUGCCCAGGCACAUUAUCGCCAUCUACAGCGCCUUUACACUUACCGUUCAAAGUCCUUUAAUUAUGAUCUGUCUCGCUACGUGUCGCUUUCGUCUUCUGCGCGCGAUGAUAUUCGUUGGUGGGUUAAAAAUCUCUCUUCUUCCAAUGGCUUGUGUUUUCUUAAAAAAGAUCCGGAUCUCGUCAUUUAUUCGGAUGCAUCCCUUCACGGUUGGGGUUUCGUGUGCGACGGGGUCUGUUCAAGGGGUCCCUGGGCAGGAUCGGAUCGAUUACGUCAUUUAAAUGAGCUCGAAUUGUUGACGGCUUUUUAUGCCCUUAAAUCACUGACUGCGCAGUCCGCUAAUCUUGAGAUAAAUCUCAUCCUCGAUAACUCCAGAGCCGUCAGUUAUAUCAAUAAGCGCGGAGGCACACGCUCACGCGCCUUAUCCGAUAUUUCCUCCUCAAUACAUUCUAAAUUCCGUUGCAGACGAACAGUCCAGGACAUCGCUCGACGCAAGCGAUUGGAUGCUCUGCCGGUCGACCUUCCGAAAGUUGUCAGCAGUAUGGAAGACGGAAGUCGAUUUAUUUGCGAACAAAUGGAAUGCCCAAUUGCCGACCUUCGUGUCAUGGAUGAUCCAACCAGAUGCAUUUGCUCUGAACGCCUUCUCGCUCAAUUGGAGAAGAUUCAAGCUUUUCCCCCAUUCGCCCUCAUAGCCAGGUGUCUGGCGAAAAUGAGGAAGGAGGAAGUGGAACUGGUGCUUGUAUACCCACUAUGGUUCAGCCAACCUUGGUUCCCCCUCCUGUUGAAUCUGGCUUGCGACAUUCCCCGAAUCUUCCGCUUCCGGCCGGAUUUCCUCGUUUCUUGCCUGAAUGCUCCUCAUCCGCUGACAAUCAACAAUUCAUUGAUACUAUCCGCCUUGAAGUUGUCCGGGGACGGCUCAUUGGGGAAGGCCUUUCGGAGGACGUGGUCCAAUUAUUGCUGGCAAGUAACAGAGACUUCACGUCAGCUGCUUAUCAGUCAGCAUGGAGGUCCUGGUGUCAUUGGAACCAUAGAAGAAAUUCAAAUCCCUUGUCUGGUUCUGUAA